CCUCUGCUCUCUUGCUCCUCUGGCUCGACUCGAUCCUCACCCUUCUUAUAUAGAUAUAUAUUUAUAUUCUCCAUCUUUAUCUUUUUGUAUUUUCUCUCUCAAGCUCUUUUUCUGUUGCUGCCAUGGCUCUAGCAGACCUAUCACCUUCAUACGCCAACACCCAACUCCACUUACACUCCUCUCAGCUCUCAUUCCUAUCAACCCAUCUCUCUUUCCACCGUCGCCACUCUCUUCGCCCGCUUCCUCGAACCCGGAAUGCCAGAAUCUCUUGUUCCGUCACCUCCAAUGAAGCUCCGGUGGCUGUGCAGGCCCAAGAUCAAAAGAUCAAGCCCGAGUGCUAUGGGGUCUUCUGCACCACAUAUGAUCUCAAGGCGGAAGAGGAAACAAAAUCCUGGAAGAAAUUAAUUAACAUUGCAGUCUCGGGUGCUGCUGGGAUGAUAUCUAAUCACCUGCUUUUCAAACUUGCAGCUGGUGAGGUUUUUGGGCCAGAUCAACCUAUUGCAUUUAAGCUAUUGGGAUCAGAACGGUCCUUUAAAGCCCUUGAAGGAGUUGCUAUGGAACUGGAAGAUUCCUUAUUUCCUUUGUUGAGGGAGGUGAGUAUUGGCAUUGAUCCUUAUGAAGUGUUCCAAGAUGUAGAAUGGGCCCUUCUGAUUGGAGCUAAGCCUCGAGGGCCUGGGAUGGAACGAGCAGACUUAUUAGAUAUAAAUGGGCAGAUUUUUGCUGAACAGGGAAAAGCUCUCAAUGCUGUGGCAUCCCGUAAUGUCAAAGUGAUGGUAGUGGGCAACCCCUGCAACACCAAUGCAUUGAUAUGUAUGAAAAAUGCUCCAAACAUACCUGCAAAGAACUUUCAUGCUUUGACUAGGUUAGAUGAGAAUAGAGCAAAAUGUCAGCUGGCUCUCAAAGCAGGUGUCUUCUAUGAUAAAGUAUCAAAUGUAACCAUUUGGGGGAAUCACUCGACCACUCAGGUCCCGGACUUUCUAAAUGCUAGAAUUAAUGGCUUGCCCGUCAAAGAGGUCAUCAAGGACAUCAAAUGGUUGGAGGAGGAGUUCACUGAAAAAGUCCAGAAGAGAGGUGGUGUGUUGAUUCAGAAAUGGGGGAGAUCUUCUGCUGCAUCAACUGCCGUGUCCAUCGUUGAUGCCAUGAAGUCUCUAGUAACUCCCACCCCUGAGGGUGAUUGGUUCUCUUCUGGAGUUUAUACCACCGGAAAUCCUUAUGGUAUAGCAGAGGGUAUUGUUUUCAGCAUGCCAUGCCGAUCAAAAGGAGAUGGUGACUAUGAACUUGUCAAGGAUGUAAUAUUUGAUGAAUACCUCCUCAAGCGAAUAACCAAGACAGAAGCUGAGUUGCUUGCUGAAAAGAGAUGUGUUGCCCAUCUUACUGGGGAGGGUAUUGCUUUCUGUGAUCUACCUGAGGACACAAUGCUUCCUGGAGAAAUGUAGGUCGGGCUCAACAGAUACAUCCCACAGAUACCCUAAACCAAUGCCUGGUGAGAAAGCAGGAUGUAAUCAGAAGUAUGCUUCUUUACACUAUAAAAUUAUGCACAAUAAGUGUGCAAAUGAUUUAGUAGUAACUAGUAAGAAAUGUGGCAAUUUUUCGUCGGGUCAAUGAAAAUAAUGGAAAUGUAAGUCUCCAAAUAUAUAUUUGGGAGGAUGGAUCAUCAUGCCUGUUCUUUGGCCUGCCCAAGCAGGUACUGAAAACCUCAAAUUCCUGUCUUAUAAUUCUUAUAUCGACAAGGUUCACAUGUACCUGUAAUUUCCUUCUAGCUCUUUGUUCCCUUC